GAACGUCUGCACUUGCUUUCUUGCACGUUGUUCGUUUAUUGUCAUUCAGACAUAGAAGAAAGAAUGGAAAACGUUUUACAGGAAGUGAUGGUAUGUUGGCGAUUGCGCAAUUCCACGUGACUGAGCACGUGCAAACUAAGUUGCGCAGGCGUAACGGCCGUGAGCCAUGGCUGUUCCUCUAAUCUCAGGCGCCUCACAGUUCGGUCUUCAAAUUGGUACUGAUUCUGCACGUGGUCAUCGCUAUGCUCUCAGGGAAAAACUUGGAAGUGGGUCAUUUGGUGUUGUUUACCUGGCAAGAGACCAAACUCGUAAUAUUGACGUCGCUAUAAAGCUUGUUACCAUUACCAUUCCUGCUCAGCUGCAACCACCGGACGACUCGAGAUCUAUGGCUAUAGCUAGACUGAAUAAAGGUCUGGCUGAUGCAGAAAAGGAGGCAAAUCUACUAGGAAAGUUGCGUCAUCCUUACGUCAUCGGGUACCUCGAUAGCUAUAAGUUUCAGACGGAUGAGCUAGUAGGUGUAGGAAUCGUGAUGGAAUAUUGUCCUGGCGGUAAUCUCAACAGUUACCUGUUGAGAAAUGGCAGACCACGAGAGGAGCUAAGACUUCAAUGGUGCAGAGAGUUGGCUGAAGGGAUGGAGUUUGUACAUUCCCAAGGCGUUAUACAUCGUGAUCUCAAGCCUGACAACAUACUAAUUGAUUCUGAUAAUUGCCUCAAGAUAGCAGACGUUGGCGUGGCAAAAGCUGCGUGGGAUAUGCAGGAGAAUGCCUUAUCAGGUCAAUGUGCAACAGGAAUGCAUUUGAAUCAAUAUUUGUCAUCAGUAGUGGGCACUGCAAUGUAUAUUGCACCUGAAGUUCUCAGUGGUCAUUACACCAAGGCAUGUGAUGUUUUCUCGUUGGGGAUAGUGUUUGUAGCUAUAAUCAAGGCACCAGUCACAGGAAAUAUUCUGGCUCCAUAUGCUGAUUGGCAAGGCUGUCUAAUGUGUUAUGGGCAUUUACUGCAUUCUGAUUUUUUGUCUCAAAGGUGGCCGCCUAGUGCACUUUUACAACUUAGUAUUGCUACCGAUGGAGAGCGUCACUUGAUUGAUCGAAUGCUGAAGUUUUACCCCGACGAUCGGUAUAUUAUGGAGACGGUUCUAUCAACACUGCAGCGCCUUCAAGAUAUUCAACGUAUGGAAGCAUUGCAAGCUCAUAACCAGUACCCACGUGAAGUAGUUCCAGCUAAUCAACCAUAUACUGGUACACAUGAUAAAUUGUGUUAAAUAUAGAAGUUCUGAUCAAGUCUUGUGGUGAUCUAUAGGAUUGUGUACAAUAGAGCAUUAAAACGGUUUCAAACAGGUUUCAA